AUGAAUAAGAACACCGAGCUCAAAGCCAGCUCUAUAGAAAGAGCCUGGCAAGAGAACUACCGACUCGCCGAGCCCCUCAUUAAACAAGCCUGCACAACAUCUGGAACUCCAGGUCUGGCAAUCGGGAUAUUCAACCACGAGGGCAAGAUAUUCGACAAGUACUUGGGCUAUCGCGAUGUAAAUAAGAAGCUCAGCCCUGAUGUUGAAACAAUUUUCAACAUUGGGUCCAUGUGCAAAGGAUUUACAGCGCUUGCUGUUGCCUGCCUGGUUACUGACGGGAAACUACAUUGGGAUGACCGAAUUGAUAAAUAUAUAGAAGAACUCCGUGACACUCAAAUUGGUUCUUCUACAAUUCGAGACGCUUUGAGCCAUCGAACUGGACUAUCUAGGUCGGAUGCACUCUUUAUCGGAUCCGAUAAUCAACUGCUUCUGUCUAAAGCUCAGGGGACUUCACUACUUGCGUCACUUGGUUCGAACCGCCCGCCCCGUCAGGAAUUUAUCUACAACAACUUCGGCUAUCACGCAGUUGGCUGUGUGAUUGAGAAGGUUGCAUCCAUGAGCUAUGGCGAGUUUCUUGAGGAGCGCAUUUUCAAGCCACUGGGAAUGUUUCGUACAUUCACAACGGUACCCCCAGACCUGGAUGACAAUGUUUCUCUUGCCUAUAUACUAUAUUUCAACCUUGAACUCCGUCAAGUUCCUAGUCCUUUGAUUUCGAGCGAUACCGUUGCAUUUUCUGCCGGAGGGAUCCGCAGUUGCACACGCGACCUUGUGAUCUUUUACAGUUUUCUUUUACGAGCUAUCACUACAUCAAAGAAUAUUGAAGAAAUCAAAAUGGAUCAUAAAGACCUCCGCACCAUAUUUGAAGCUGCAAUACCCCUCAAGGUCACCUCAUCGCUUCGGGAGCAGUCAUAUGCUUUAGGCUGGACACGUACGCAGUUGCCAAACCAAGUCAGCGAGAUCACUGGUAAUUCGGGUUUAUUAGAAGAGUAUCCAACACUUGGAAACUACGAAAAUGGUCCUUUACUAUUCCACCAUGCUGGAAACAACAUUGGCUGCUCAUCAGCAGUUUAUAUGAUGCCUGAACGGGAUAUCGGAAUUGUUAUACUUGGCAACUCACUCGGCCAUUGUGAUGCAACCGACUGGACCUGUCAAAUUCUUACUGAAAAGUAUCUGAACCACAGCAGUAUGGUUGAAUUUUCUCCUUUUAUUACUUCUUCGGCUUUGAGGGGGCGUUCGGCUAUGGAGCGUGUACGAGACGCGCUUGCAAAAGGACGAGAACCUAGUGUACUCCCUGGAGACCUAAGCGUAUACACAGGCUUCUUUUGGCAUGAAUCACACCAGUUUUACAUUCAAGUCUCGGUGGGCGAAAAUGGGGACCUGAUCAUGUUACUCCAGGGCAGAGAUGAUGAAACGUAUACCCUUCGUUAUUAUCAUCGUAAUAUUUUCGUCUUUAACGAAACUUUCGAUCAGGUCAUUGAGCGUGGCCAAUGGUGUAGGCCGUAUUGGUUCUAUCAGAUCCAUUUUGUUUGGAACGAUAGAAAGGUCAUUGGACUGAUGUGGAGAAUUGAUGAAACGCUUGAAGAAGGUUGUGCUUUCAUGAAACAUGGCUGA